AUGUCGUCAUCCGAUCAUGACAUUGCAAAGGCAUUGCAAGAGGAAUACGACCAAGAAGCCUUUGCAGACGACUCAGAUUAUAUUUCUAGUGACAACGUUGAUUCCUCCAAGCGCUAUUUGGAUUUUGUGGAUAAACCACUUUCGAUCGUAGAUGACCAAUGGGAGCUGUUAGACCCAAAUCCCGACAUUCGGAUGUUAUUUCUGGCAUUUAAUGAUAAAUACUUCUGGGGAAAAUUAGCAGGAGUUGAAGUAAGAUGGAGUCCACGGAUGACGUUGUGCGCUGGAUUAUGUUGUUAUGAAGGCAGAGGUGGUCUUUGUUCUGUUCGACUUAGUUUACCACUGUUAAAAUUAAGACCUAGGAAAGACUUGGUUGAAACUUUACUCCAUGAGAUGAUACAUGCAUUACUUUUUGUGACUGAUAAUAAUAAGGAUCAUGAUGGCCAUGGACCUGAGUUUUUAAAACACAUGCAUAGAUUGAACAAAGAAACUGGAACCAAUAUAAGUGUUUACCACACAUUUCAUGAUGAAGUCAACAAUUAUCGCCAACAUUGGUGGAAAUGUAAUGGAGUUUGUCAGAAAAAGCCGCCAUAUUUUGGUGUUGUUAAGCGUGCAAUGAACAGAGCCCCUUCAGCAAGGGAUCCUUGGUGGGGAGAACAUCAACGGUCUUGUGGAGGCAUUUACAUUAAAAUAAAGGAGCCUGAUGGAUAUGGACAAAAGAAAUCUAAAAACAAGAGCAUUAUAACUGCAGCUAAAAAAGAUAAGAAAAAAGAUGGCAUUGAUAUACGAAAUUUAUUUGUUGCCAAGAAACAAGAUGAAAAUAAUGCUGAAGAGGAGGCUAAUGAUGUCUGUCCUCCACCAGUAUUUAGUGGAUUGGGUAACAAGCUUGGAGGUUCAACCACAGGAAUUUCUCGGUUGCUAGGCAAUAGUCAUGGAUAUUCACAUAAAGAAAAAGCAUCUACAUCAUUUGACAAUGGCCAAGUCGUCUGUAUUAACUCAUCUGAUGAAUCUACCAGCUGCAAUUAUUCAAAGCCAUCACUGUGCAAUGAUGGUAGUGGAGAUAUUGAUGCCAGUAGAGCUGUGAAAAAACCCAAACUUGAAUGUGAUGUAAGUGAAAUUUGCAAAAGUAAAGACAGUUCUUUGACUGCCAAUCAAAAAUUAGUAGGAGAGCAAAGCUGUGAUAAGAGUGGCAGCAUGGUAGAUUGUCCAGUAUGUGCGGAUCAGGUACUGAAAACAAACAUUAAUGAUCAUCUAGAUUUAUGUCUGUUCAACCAAACAUGA